AUGGAUCUCUUUCACCUGGCUCUUCUCUGCGGGGCUCUGCUGUUUGUCUGGGAAAUCCCCUGUUUUCACACUCUUGCUAUUUUCCCUCCGAAGAGCAGCAAGGUGACGAGGAUUUUACAUGAUCAGGAAGCCUCAAAGUACUUUAAGGAGUUCCAUGCGUCGCCCUCCAUCGACAGAAAAAAUAAAGCAGCAUCUAAAGAGUCCAUAGAGCCACAUGACUACAUGAUGUCUAUUUACAAGACCUUCUCCACGGCGGAGAGACUGGGACUUAAUGCAAGUUUCUUCAGGUCUUCUAAAGCUGCAAACACUAUUGCAAGUUUUGUGGACAGCGGACAAGAUGACCUCCCACUCUCCCCACUGAGAAGACAGCAGUAUCUGUUCGACGUCUCAACGCUCUCCAAAAAGGCGGAGGUGCUGGGAGCCGAGCUCAGGAUAUACACCAAAGAGUCUGGGAAUUUCAGGAUAUCGGAAACAGAGCCUGUGGACAUCCAGCUCCUCUCCUGCCAUGACCGGCGGCUGCUCAACUCCAAAACAUUGGACCUGCAGGAUUCCCAAAGGCCCAAGUGGGAGGUGUUUGACGUGUGGGAAAUAUUCAAAGAGCAGCAGCACCUGAGCCAGGGGAAGCACUUCUGCCUGGAGCUCAGGGCCAUGCUGGACAACCCUGAGAGGGAGCUAGACCUGCAGUUUCUGGGCCUGCACAGGUAUGGCAGGCCUCAGCAGAAGAAAGCCAUCUUGGUGGUGUUCACCAGGUCUAGGAAGAGGCAGACCCUCUUCAGUGAGAGGAGAGGGGGGAGAGCUUUGCUGGGCCUAGAGAGGAAGGCCAGAGAGAGGGGCCCAGGUGCCAAAGCAAGCAGGAGAAGGAGGACGGCUGCUUCCAAAACCCGCCACGGGAAGAGACACGGCAAGAAGUCCAAAUCCAGGUGCAGCAAGAAGCCGCUGCACGUCAACUUCAGAGAUCUGGGCUGGGACGACUGGAUCAUCGCCCCGCUGGAUUAUGAAGCUUACCACUGUGAGGGGGUAUGUGACUUCCCCCUGCGCUCCCACCUGGAGCCCACCAACCAUGCCAUAAUCCAGACUCUGAUGAAUUCAAUGAACCCAAGCAACAUGCCACCCAGCUGCUGCGCCCCAUCCAAACUCAGCCCCAUCAGCAUCCUUUACAUCGACUCAGGAAACAAUGUGGUGUACAAACAGUACGAGGACAUGGUGGUGGAGUCCUGUGGCUGCAGGUAGUAGACCUGGCUGCACCUCCUUGUUGGUCAGGCCCUCUGGACACUGCCCCCUAAAUAAGGAAAACUUGCUUUAUUUCUUUGGCAAGAAAAACUAAGUGAUGCAUUUCCUAACCAUGCACCCAAGGAGGUCAUGUUAAAUACCUCAAACGGUUGUUCUGUGUGUACUUGCCACUUAAACACUACAGUGAAUGCAUAUUGAUGCCCAUAUGGUAAGAUAAUUGGUUAAAAAAUAUGAAUCUACCAUGUUACCAAAUUCAAAUACAGUUAUUGGCAAAUACACCUAUUCAACUUCUUGCACCGAGUUAGAUGGUUGGGACCACUGAAAUGUCAAUAUGAAGCUACGGUUAGCCACUUGUUAGCUCAACUUAGCCAAAAGACUGGAAACAGCUAGCUUUCAUUUUUUUAACCUCAGUUUUUGCAGGCGUAAAAGAAAAUAUAUAAUGUAUUAGUUAGUGAACUUUAAGCUGCAUGUUGCCAUUUCCUGUUUCCUUUGGAGAGAGCCAGGCUGGGUUCCCACCUGUUCCAAUUGCUAAGCUAAGCUAAGCUAACUAUCUCUUGAAUGCAGCUUUACAUUUGCCGUACAGAAAGGAGAGUGGUAUUGAACGUCUUGAAUGACUGCUAGCCAGGGAGCAUUUUUUUUCUCCAAAAAUGUUAAAAACCAUUUAUAUUUAAAAGAGAAGUUUAAAUAUUCCCCUUUAAGGAUCAUUAAGGUUGUAAUCUUAAAUAAAUGAUUUCCAUUGCAAAUAUAAAACAAUUUAUGCCCCUUCUUGUCCUUUUACCAGCCAUUAAUUGGCCUAUGGGACACUAUGUAUAACUUUUAUGGACUGCUAGUACCAUGAUCUUUUUCAUGAUCAUAAACUUUUAAUAUACUGUAUGGUAUGUUCAAUUUUACUCUAGUUCUUUUUUAAAUCAAAAUCAGUAAAGGCAAUCCAGGUCCAUUGUAAGCCAGAGCAAACAACCAUGAAAUCUUCCUUGAUAUAAUUAAUUAAUGUCUAAAAUCUUCAAAGGCUCUAAUAAUAUUUCAAAGAAACAUUGAUUACCCUUUUGUGGCCAAUUUCCCUAAAAAACCUAAAUGAUAAACUUAAGUUUUCACCCAUAAUUAAGUCUUGAGUGACUGAUUUCCAGCACUUGACAUGGCCUACGACUCAGGGAACGUCCUCUAGUCCUUAUUUGAAGUCAUUUCAUGCAACUUUAACCACCGUCAUGGUUACGUCAGUACAUUUCCAGCAAAACCGGGGCAGGGUUACUCACUAGUUUACUUGAGGAGAUACAUAAUUGUGUCUGUGAUGCACUGAUGUUCAAAGGUACCAUGUGUAAAUAUUAGGAAAUAAUAAUUUAUGUUCUACGAAUAAGUUAUUUCAUUUUUUAUUUUCCGCUUUGUUCCGCUCUCACUUCCAGACAGCAUGAGUCACACGUCUGGAUGUCCAGGUGCAAAUAAACAUGUAGUAUGGGUAAUGUUUUGGUGAUGCAAUGCGACAGCUAUGUUCUGCUCACAGACAUGACGUGAAAUCCUGUUGUUUUAUCAGUGUUUCUCCUGUAUAUAUAUAUAGGAAAUAAUUAUUCACCAAACAAGAACAUUUUCUGUGUUUGGUGAAGUCUUUAUUAUAGGCUAUUCUGUUGUCUGAAACAUAAGUAGCACAUUUUAGCCCCUUAUACUUUGUUUUGCAUUAUUUACUGUUAUGAAAAUAAUAUAUUAUACUGAUUGAUACUGACGGCCUGUAAGAUGAGUGGAUAAUUCAGUGUUAUCUUUUUACUCUUGUGUAUCAAACUUUUUCACAGCAGAAAAUGAAUUGAUAACGUAUUUUUACACAGUAACCAAAUUAAUCUAUUCUUAGAAACAGGUUGAACUGUAAAAUGUGUAGUCACAGGCAAAUUAAAAUGUUCUUCAGUUAAAAUCUUGCAUAAGUGUUGAAUUUAAUAAUAUCUUUACCUUUUUUAAUGAAUACCAUUAAUUGUCAUUGAUUUGUUCAUUGUCACUACUCUUCAUUUUACCCAUCAUGGUCUUCAUUGCAGGUGAAAUUAUUAUUUUGUCAUAACAUUUGAUGGACUGCAGUCUACAUAUACAUUAUCUAAGUGCUCAAUCGCUUACUUUUCUUUUUUGUCCUGCUUUAGCUUGGCUUGCAGAACAAUUUUGAAAAAGAGAGACUCUCAUGAUCUAUAAAUAUGAAGCAACAGCUAGCAUCCAGUUGGCUUAACUUAGCGCCUUAAGCCUCACAAAUCACCCACUUGUUGUUUUUUCUCUUCUUGUUUAUUUGGUAGGGAUAAAUUAACAAAACAUAAGGUGUGUUUAAAUUUAGAGCUGCUGGUUUCCUGCUACCAUUUUAGACAAACAUGCUAGCUGUCUCACCCUGUUUUUAGUUUAAAGCUAAGCAAACAAUAAUUUUUUUGUUCAGAUAU